UUUAGACAAUUAACCCAAUAACUGCCUGGCCAAUCUUCAGCCUCAACGGUGUCUUGCCCUCGUCUUGCCAAUUGAACCCAGUGGUGAAAAUCAAAGACCCAGUUUUGCAUUGGCUUUCUUUUGCUAAUAUAACCUGCCAGAUUUUGCCUUGUUUGUUACAGAAGUACUGGCGCAGUCAACAUCAUCACGACGAUGGGGAAGUUUACCUGCCAAAGAUAGGAUAGGAGCAACAAGAAUUCAGAAACCUCUACUCUGAGUCUAACCCACCAAAUUUGCCCCUAACCUUCAGAUCAGUUUGAUAAGCAAAUAAUUGCAUACACACCCGUCGCCAAUUUCUUGUUGGGUCCAGCCACAACCAAGAAGCCCAGCCCAGCCCAACAAGCCCAUCACUAUGUCUAUGUUUUGUUCCAAUUCUUGUGAGCGUACUUCCCCACCUUAUCCGCCUCCCUUCCCAAACAAGUAGCAGAGCAUAUGCUCCCCUGACCUCUACAAUGGAUCCUUUUCAAUUCUCCACCACCCAGAAACUCACCACCAUCCUCGCCAUAGCCAAAAACCUCCACUGAAAAAGCAACAGCAUAUAACUUCAAUUUCUCCAGUUCCAUGGCGUCCGCAGCCACAAGACCCACCUUCACCUUCCACCUCACAACAGCAUCCCAUUAUCACUCAAAACCCACAACCAAAUGCCACUUCCACAAACUAACGCCACCCUCCAUUUCCCUCCACAAACUCCACAGGCCUUCCCUUGUCGCCAUUUCCUCCAUUGAUGUCUCCAAGGAGGACAAGCCGCCAACUUCCGAACCCACCAGCGAGCCGGCGGCAGAGCUAUCAUCCGCUCCCUCAGAAACUGAAAUCGAGCAGCAAUUCGACAAGCGGAGGCUGGAGGAGAAGUUUGCAGUGCUGAACACGGGGAUCUACGAGUGCAGGUCGUGCGGGUACACAUUCGAUGAGGCCGUCGGUGACCCCUCGUACCCGGUUCCACCGGGCUUGCCAUUCGAGCAGCUCCCGGGGGACUGGAGGUGCCCGACCUGCGGAGCUGCUCGGAGCUUCUUCCAGAGCAAGAGCGUGGAGAUCGCUGGGUUCGCCCAGAACCAGCAGUACGGGCUGGGAGGGAACGCCCUCACUUCUGGGCAGAAGGCCAUUUUGAUAUACGGGAGCCUGCUGCUCUUCUUCGGUCUCUUUUUGGGCGGCUACUUCCUGCAAUGAUCGUUAUAUAUAUAUUAGUGGUGGUGUCUCCCAACUGGUUCUUUUUCUAGCUUCUCCUUCUCAUUCAUAACUCCCUGUGUGCUUCUAUUAUAUGUGUGUUCCUAUGAGCAUUGUAUAGACUACACGGUUUGAAGUACGUACUACUGUCACAUGAUUCUUCUAGCUAGCUUUUUUUUUUUUUUUUUGUCCAAGGGAGGACAGAGUCAGAGAGAUAACAAUUAACAUACCAGAAUGGC